AGAAGGAAAGGACAAGUGCAAGGUUUUUUAUUUAAUUUUGUUCUAUUUUUUGUCAGGGCCAGGAGGGCACAGCCACGGAAGACAAUAAAUAAAAGGGUUCUGACAGAGAUUCAGACACAGCAGAGAGAGUCACCCAAAACACCAAAAGUGGUACCGAUCCACUUUCCCAGCGUAUCGAGAGGGCUUUUAUUUUGAAGGUGCGAAACCGGAAGUUAAUUUUUUGUGACGUACACGUACAGUUGUACACACUGUUGUUGACAUAUACCGCUGUUAGUUCUGAUAGUCCAAAUAGUGUACUUUCAAAACAUUAUAGGUAGUUAGUUUUACUACUUUUAAAUAGUUAUUUGUAAGUCAACCUCGUGCAUUAUCAGGUACGAAAAUGACAAUUCAAUAAAAGCGAUUUUUUAAAUCAGCUACAAAUUUGUAUCCAACUUAUUAUCCCACUCAAGUGACAUAGGUGGCUAGUUACCUAGGUAAUUUUGCAUUUUGGGCUAACGUUAUCUAUAAACAUGAGCAAUCUUGUAUUCUGGAGUCAAGGUAGCUCCGAAGUGGAUUGGUGUGAAGGAAAUUAUCUUAUUUACCCUGGAAUUGCAGAGUUCUACAAUACGGUAAAUAUGUUCCUGGUUGAUCACAUUGUAACUAUUUUUUUUUUGGCUUUAGGCCUAAUGCCAUUUCUAAUGUGAGAGAUAUGUUCAUGUGCUCAUAAUCAAUUUCCUCCCCUAUAUUUUGUUCUUCAUUGCAGAUCAGCAACAUCCUGUUCUUUAUUUUGCCACCUAUUUUGAUGUGUCUGUUUCGACAAUAUGCUACACAUUUCAACAGUGGGAUAUAUCUGAUCUGGGCUUUGCUGGUUGUGGUUGGUAAGUCUACUGCUCUAACUUUUAAAUGACACUGGGAUGUGAACCAGAAUUUGCUUUUACAGGAGACUUUGAUAUGGUGAAUGCGAUUUAUGAUGGAGUUGAGUGGCAACUAGUGUGGGCGACAUCACAUAAAAUGACGUUUUUAUUAUUUUUUUACUACUGAUUUCAGCGCAUAAAGAAUAGCCCGCAAUUACACAUAACAAUGUCGUGUGAGUAAUUGCGGGCUAUUCAUUGGGUGCUGAAAUCAGUAGUUUUUAUAAAAACUAAAUGCUAUUUGACAUCGGAGCUCCAGUCUGGCCACACUAGUCACUGCUCAACUCCAUCAUAAAUUAUGGAGUUGAGUGAGCUAGUGAAUGGCACGUUGAAUGGCUGCUUCCUGUGCUUAAAGGAGAUUCACCAUAUCAACGUCUCCUGUAAAGGCAAAUUCUGGUUCACAUCCCUGCUAAGUUCUGCCAGUGUAAAUCGUGGAUUUCUUUAAUCAGCUAGCCAUCCACCAGCUUUUUAAGCAUUAUAAUGUAAAAAUACCUGCGUUACUCGCCAAUAUGGAGUUUCAAUGAGCAACUAUCAUCAUUUACUGCCUUCACGGCCUAUAUGUACUUCCAAAAAAGGUCUAAAUAAAACAUUUACAAGCAACAGAAAAAUUGCCUCCGGCACCUCCAUUUUUGGUGAGUAACAAAAGUAUUUUGUCAUUUUAACGCUUGAAAAGCUGGUGAAUGGCAAGUUGAAUGGCUGAUUCCUGGGCUUAAAGGAGUAUUGCCAUAUCAACGUCUCCUGUGAGGCCAGAUUCUGGUUCAGCAGGUAUGCAUCUUUUGUUGUCACUGCCAAAUCCUACACAACAGUUGCCUCUCCUCAGUAGUCUCGGAAACCCAACCCUAAGCCGGAACAUUGUGGGAGACAACCCGGAGAGACGAUCUCCUCAGCAUCUAGCCUAAGCCUAUAGAUGGCAGAUUGUGUAUUGUACUCACAUCGUACUCUCUGUACACAUUGUCUCUUCUCCCAGGCAUUGGAUCCACUUACUUCCAUGCCACCCUUAGCUUCCUGGGCCAGAUGCUGGACGAGCUGGCCAUCCUGUGGGUGCUCAUGUGUGCCAUCGGCAUGUGGUUCCCAAAGAGAUACCUGCCCAAGAGCUUCCGCAGAAACAGGCAAGUGACACACAUACAUACACACCGGUGGAGGCUCCUCAGAGGAGGAAGGGGAGGACCAUCCUACUCAGUGAAUUUCAUAAAAAUAAAAAUAGUGACAUUAAAAAAGUUAUCCUUUUUAGAUAAAUCGAUACUAAAUAUGUUCACAUCACCAAAUAACUGGGGUUAGCGAUGAAGGUCUACAGUAGACUCAACAGCACCCUCUAGGGUAGCACCAUGGUAUAGCCGAGGACAGCUAUUUCCCGUCCUCUUCUGGGUACAUUGACUUCAAUACAAAACCUAGUAGGCCCCCUUCCAUAGACUACCACAGUAAUUAUGACAACUUCCGGAGGAUGUCCACCCAUACACAAAAAUGUAUGCACGCAUGACUGUAAAUCGCUUUGGAUAAAAGCGUCUGCUAAAUGGCAUAUUAUUAUUAUUAUUAUUAUUAUUAUUAUGUCCUCCAACCUAUGAGCUCUUGCAGCAUUAACUGACAUGUUAGCCUUCCAAUCAAAGGAUCAGAGAAUGAAUCUAGUACUGAAAGCAUAAGCUACAGCUAGCACUGCAGUGCAUAAAGUGUUGUGAGUAGUUGACAUAAAGAGAAAGACAAUAGUGGAACAGUUUUGAACAAAUUAAUUUCUUUAAAAUUUAUUAGAUAAGCAGCAGAGAGAAAAAGAGAGCUAGCUAUAUUUUGUUGUAUUUUUUUCUUCUUUUUAGUUUACCUUUCACUUACUUAGCUAGCUAAUGCAGCUAAUUUAGCCUACUCAACAACCUGACUCAAAAAGCGAGGAAUGCUAUUUAUGUUAGCUAGCUGGCUAAGGCUAUCCAACACUGCAACUCUUCCAAGUCAAGGUAAGCUUUCGGUUUUAUUAAUUUAUUGCCACUGGGGCCUGCCAGUGUAACUGCUAAAAUGCUUACUGUACUGCGUGUUUGUACACAUAUUGGAUUGUGGGUUUACUAACGUGUUAGUUCUAGUAGCUAUGUAGACUAUGACGUUAACUAAUAUGGUAAACAACAAUGUAGGCAGGUUAGCGGUCAAGGUAGGAAGGUUUGGCUUGGAGAGGUUUUUUCACAACAGACAGCUGUUGUGUUGUGCACUGAAGUCCACAAGCGAAGGGAAAAGGUGAGAGGAGGAAAGCGCGUAGUGGCGAGAAGGAAUUAUACAAUGAGCAAAGUGAUGAUGCUGUAUGUGGCUGCUAUGAAAGUGAACUCUGUGUGCAGUUGAUCAGGAGUGUAGGCCUAUUCAUUCCGCCGAUUCAGUUGCAAAACGUUUCUUAAACGGAAACAAAUGGAACGAAACAGGGAUGGACCUACCUGAAUUUGUCUAAUAGAAACUCUUGUUUUGCAACUGUUUAGACUAAUGAUUACACCCCAGAUUAGCUAAAUACAGGCAAGAGUGUGCAAGGUAGUAGUGAAUGUGUCCCUGUCUGUCACCUUGAUUACACCAAUUGGUCUCUCGGCCUGUGCACCUAUGUUAUAAACUUUCAUUUGUAGGCUAGGUUGUAGUAACCUCAUGCUGGGUAUAGGGAAAAUUUGUCAUUUAGUAGCCUAAACCUAUUGAAGUUACAUGGAGCUGGGUGAAUGGAAUAUGAAUGACAGUCAUCCAAUAUGCUGUAAAUUGAAAUAAGGCCAUGCUCAUGAAAUAAAAAAUCCAGAGUUACACCAGGAAUGCACAAUCCCUCCAUCAGUGCUCAGACUGUCCGCAAUAGGCUGAGAGAGGCUGGACAGGGCUUGUAGGCCUGUUGUAAGGCAGGUCCUCACCAGACAUCACCGGCAACAAAGUCGCCUAUGGGCACAAACCCACCGUCGCUGGACCAGACAGGACUGGAAAAAAAAUGCUCUUCACUGAUGAGUCGCGGUUUUGUCUCACCAGGGGUGAUGGUCGGAUUUGCGUUUAUCGUUGAAGGAGCGGGAUCGAUUUGGAGGUGGAGGGUCCGUCAUGGUCUGGGGCGGUGUGUCACAGCAUCAUCGGACUGAGCUUGUUGUCAUUGCAGGCAAUCUCAACGCUGUGCGUUACAGGGAAGACAUCCUCCUCCCUCGUGGUACCCUUCCUGCAGGCUCAUCCUGAUAUGACCCUCCAGCAUGACAAUGCCACCAGCCAUAAUACUCGUUCUGUGCGUGAUUUCCAGCAAGACAGAAAUGUCAGUGUUCUGCCAUGGCCAGCGAAGAGCCAGGAUCUCAAUCCCAUUGAGCAGGUCUGGGACCUGUUGGAUCGGAGGGUGAGGGCUAGGGCCAUUCCCCCCAGAAAUGUCCGGGAACUUGCAGGUGCCUUGGUGGAAGAGUGGGGUAACAUCUCACAGCAAGAACUGGCAAAUCUGGUGCAGUCCAUGAGGAGGAGAUGCACUGCAGUACUUAAUGCAGCUGGUGGCCACACCAGAUACUGACUGUUACUUUUGAUUUUGACCCCCCCUUUGUUCAGGGACACAUUAUUCAAUUUCUGUUAGUCACAUGUCUGUGGAACAUGUUCAGUUUAUGUCUCAGUUGUUGAAUCUUAUUAUGUUCAUACAAAUAUUUACACAUGUUAAGUUUGCUGAAAAUAAACGCAGUUGACAGGGAGAGGACUUUUCUUUUUUUGCAGAGUUUAUUAGACGUUUUUCGAGGACCUAGCACAAGCUUAGCGAGAUGUUCAACGUCAUGGGAAUGGUAGAGCGUCCACGCGCCUACUUUACUCUUUAAAAAAAAUAAUCAAGACUGAUCAAGAAGUGAAUAAACUAAAAGCUAAAACUACCAAUUUGAGAUGGAAAAAUAAUAAAAUACUCACAAUCAUGUUAAUAAGCCUGUAUAGUCUGGUCAGAAAUCCACUUGAGCUCAUUCAGCUGUAGGCUACAUAACAUUACAGUGAUUUUCACAUGGGCAGGGGCAUCGGAUCUACUGUUUAUUUUUAUUACAUUUUGUAUUACAUUUCUAUAUAUUUUUAGGUGGUAGAUCAGCUUUAAUAUUGCAGAUAGAUCGUGGCUUCUAUCAAUGUAAUUGUCUUCAUCAUUUCCAAUCCCCCGUAUCUAUAUUUUUGUAAAUAUAUACAGUGCAUUCGGAAGGUAUUCAGACCCCUUCACUUUUUCCACAUUUUGUUACAUUACAGCCUUAUUCUAAAAUUGAUAUAUUUUUUAAAUGUCAUCCUCAUUACACACAAUACCGCAUAAUGACAAAGCGAAAGCAGGUUUGUAGAAAUGUUUGCAAAAAAGAUAACAAUAAAAAACAGAAAUACCUGAUUUACAUAAGUAUUCAGACCCUUUGCUAUGAGACUCGAAAUUGAGCUCAGGUGCAUCCUGUUUCCAUUGAUCAUCCUUGAGAUGUUUCUACAACUUGAUUGGACCACAGUCCACCUGUGGUAAAUUCAAUAGAUUGGACAUGAUUUGGAAAGGCACACACCUGCCUAUAUACAGUGGGGGAAAAAAGUAUUUAGUCAGCCACCAAUUGUGCAAGUUCUCCCACUUAAAAAGAUGAGAGAGGCCUGUAAUUUUCAUCAUAGGUACACGUCAACUAUGACAGACAAAAUGAGAAAUAAAAAUCCAGAAAAUCGCAUUUUAAUGAAUUUAUUUGCAAAUUAUGGUGGAAAAUAAGUAUUUGGUCAAUAACAAAAGUUUCUCAAUACUUUGUUAUAUACCCUUUGUUGGCAAUGACACAGGUCAAACGUUUUCUGUAAGUCUUCACAAGGUUUUCACACACUGUUGCUGGUAUUUUGGCCCAUUCCUCCAUGCAAAUCUCCUCUAGAGCAGUGAUGUUUUGGGGCUGUCGCUGGGCAACACAGACUUUCAACUCCCUCCAAAGAUUUUCUAUGGGGUUGAGAUCUGGAGACUGGCUAGGCCACUCCAGGACCUUGAAAUGCUUCUUACGAAGCCACUCCUUCGUUGCCCGGGCGGUGUGUUUGGGAUCAUUGUCAUGCUGAAAGACCCAGCCACGUUUCAUCUUCAAUGCCCUUGCUGAUGGAAGGAGGUUUUCACUCAAAAUCUCACGAUACAUGGCCCCAUUCAUUCUUUCCUUUACACGGAUCAGUCGUCCUGGUCCCUUUGCAGAAAAACAGCCCCAAAGCAUGAUGUUUCCACCCCCAUGCUUCACAGUAAGUAUGGUGUUCUUUGGAUGCAACUCAGCAUUCUUUGUCCUCCAAACACGACGAGUUGAGUUUUUACCAAAAAGUUAUAUUUUGGUUUCAUCUGACCAUAUGACAUUCUCCCAAUCCUCUUCUGGAUCAUCCAAGUGCAAACUUCAGACGGGCCUGGACAUGUACUGGCUUAAGCAGGGGGACACAUCUGGCACUGCAGGAUUUGAGUCCCUGGCGGCGUAGUGUGUUACUGAUGGUAGGCUUUGUUACUUUGGUCCCAGCUCUCUGCAGGUCAUUCACUAGGUCCCCCCCGUGUGGUUCUGGGAUUUUUGCUCACCGUUCUUGUGAUCAUUUUGACCCCACGGGGUGAGAUCUUGCGUGGAGCCCCAGAUCGAGGGAGAUUAUCAGUGGUCUUGUAUGUCUUCCAUUUCCUAAUAAUUGCUCCCACAGUUGAUUUCUUCAAACCAAGCUGCUUACCUAUUGCAGAUUCAGUCUUCCCAGCCUGGUGCAGGUCUACAAUUUUGUUUCUGGUGUCCUUUGACAGCUCUUUGGUCUUGGCCAUAGUGGAGUUUGGAGUGUGACUGUUUGAGGUUGUGGACAGGUGUCUUUUAUACUGAUACCAAGUUCAAACAGGUGCCAUUAAUACAGGUAACGAGUGGAGGACAGAGGAGCCUCUUAAAGAAGAAGUUACAGGUCUGUGAGAGCCAGAAAUCUUGCUUGUUUGUAGGUGACCAAAUACUUAUUUUCCACCAUAAUUUGCAAAUAAAUUCAUUAAAAAUCCUACAAUGUGAUUUUCUGGAUUUUUUUUUCUCAAUUUGUCUGUCAUAGUUGACAUGUACCUAUGAUGAAAAUUACAGGCCUCUCUCAUCUUUUUAAGUGGGAGAACUUGCACAAUUGGUGGCUGACUAAAUACUUUUUUUUCCCCACUGUAAGGUCCGACAGUUGACAGUGCAUGUCAGAGCAAAAACCAAGCCAUGAGGUCGAAGGAAUUGUCCGUAGAGCUCGAAGACAGGAUUGUGUCGAGGCACAGAUCUGGAGAAGGGUCGCAAAAAAAUUCUGCACUAUUGAAGGUCCCCAAGAACACAGUGGCCUCCAUCAUUCUUAAAUGGAAGACGUUUGGAACCACCAAGACUCUUCCUAGAGCUGGCCGACCGGCCAAACUGAGCAAUCGGGGAAGAAGGGCCUUGGUCAGGGAGGUAACCAAGAACACGAUGGUCACUCUGACAGAUCUACAGAGUUCCUCUGUGGAGAUGGGAGAACCUUCCAGAAGGACAAAAUCUCUGCAGCACUCCACCAAGCAGGCCUUUAUGGUAGAGUGGCCAGACGGAAGCCACUCCUCAGUAAAAGGCACAUGACAGUCCGCUUGGAGUUUGCCGGGUGGUCUGAUGAAACCAAGAUUGAACUCAUGUCAAACAUUUUAUAAAUUGAUUUGCAUUUUAAUGAGGGAAAUAAGUAUUUGACCCCUCUGCAAAACAUGACUUAGUACUUGGUGGCAAAACCCUUGUUGGCAAUCAUAGAGGUCAGACGUUUCUUGUAGUUGGCCACCAGGUUUGCACACAUCUCAGGAGGGAUUUUGUUCCACUCCUCUUUGCAGAUCUUCUCCAACUCAUUAAGGUUUCGAGGCUGACAUUUGGCAACUCGAAUCUUCAGCUCCCUCCACAGAUUUUCUAUGGGAUUAAGGUCUGGAGACUGGCUAGGCCACUCCAGGACCUUAAUGUGCUUCUUCUUGAGCCACUCCUUUGUUGCCAUGGCCGUGAGUUUUGGGUCAUUGUCAUGCUGGAAUACCCAUCCACGACCCAUUUUCAAUGCCCUGGCUGAGGGAAGGAGGUUCUCACCCAAGAUUUGACGGUACAUGGCCCCGUCCAUCGUCCCUUUGAUGCGGUGAAGUUGUCCUGUCCCCUUAGCAGAAAAACACCCCCAAAGCAUAAUGUUUCCACCUCCAUGUUUGACGGUGGGGAUGGUGUUCUUGGUGUCAUAGGCAGCAUUCCUCCUCCUCCAAACACGGCGAGUUGAGUUGAUGCCAAAGAGCUCGAUUUUGGUCUCAUCUGACCACAACAGUUUCACCCAGUUCUCCUCUGAAUCAUUCAGAUGUUCAUUGGCAAACUUCAGACGGGCCUGUAUAUGUGCUUUCUUGAGCAGGGGGACCUUGCGGGCGCUGCAGGAUUUCAGUCCUUCACGGCGUAGUGUGUUACCAAUUGUUUUCUUGGUGACUAUGGUCCCAGCUGCCUUGAGAUCAUUGACAAGAUACUCCCGUGUAGUUCUGGGCUGAUUCCUCACCGUUCUCAUGAUCAUUGCAACUCCACGAGGUGAGAUCUUGCAUGGAGCCCCAGGCCGAGGGAGAUUGACAGUCCUUUUCUGUUUCUUCCAUUUGCGAAUAAUCGCACCAACUGUUGUCACCUUCUCACCAAGCUGCUUGGCGAUGGUCUUGUAGCCCAUUCCAGUCUUGUGUAGAUCUACAAUCUUGUCCCUGACAUCCUUGGAGAGCUCUUUGGUCUUGGCCAUGGUGGAGAGUGGAAUCUGAUUGAUUGAUUGCUUCUGUGGACAGGUGUCUUUUAUACAGGUAACAAGCUGAGAUUAGGAGCACUCCCUUUAAGAGUGUGCUCCUAAUCUCAGCUCGUUACCUGUAUAAAAGACACCUGGGAGCCAGAAAUCUUUCAGAUUGAGAGGGGGUCAUAUACUUAUUUCCCUCAUUAAAAAUGCAAAUCAAUUUAUAACAUUUCUGACAUGCAUUUUUCUGAAUUUCUUUGUUGUUAUUCUGUCUCUCACUGUUCAAAUAAACCUACCAUUAAAAUUAUAGACUGAUCAUUUCUUUGUCAGUGGGCAAACGUACAAAAUCAGCAGGGGAUCAAAUACGUUUUUCCCUCACUGUACAUACACAUACAUAUCCUUUAAAAAAUAUAUAUUCCCCUUUAUUACUUUCCAACCCCACCACCCUUUCCCUAAUUGGAGUAAACUAGUGAACAACAAUGCUUAGGCCUCUACUUCCAGCUUAUACUUACUAUAUACAUUUUAUGGACACAGUCAAUUUUACAAUAAUUAUAUUUUGUUUGUUUUUUCUCCUGAACUUCUUCUACUCUCAACCUCUCCGAUCAUUUUCAUGAUGUCCAUCCGGUUUGCUUCUAUAUGCCAUAUCUUUCUAACUGUGCUCUUUCACAAAAGCUCCCAACCUACAACCUAUAUACUUAUUAUGGACACAGUAUGAUUACAUUAUUAGUUAUCUUGUUAUUAGUUGUUGUUAUUAGUCCCAUCCUUCAACUCCAUUCAACACCACCCAUCUAUCUCUUAACACCAUCCAUAUAGGAUUUCUAUUUGCCAUAUAUUUUUCAACUGUACUGUGAUGUUUUACAAACGUUCUGAACCUUUCUAUUCUCAUUGUUUCUACAGAUUGUAAAUUGAAAAUAAACAUUUUUGCUUAAAGUAUUAUUAUAUUAUUGAUCGAUUGACUAUGACUUUUCAGAUCACCCAGUAAUGCUAUCUGCAAGGUUAGCUCCAGGUAAAUAUUGCAAUCCUUUAGCCAUUCCUGGACCUGUGACCAAAAACAAGCUACAAAUGGACAGUACCAAAACAAAUGAUCUAAUGAUUCUGUCUCUUCGCAGCAAAAUCUGCAGAGCUGGGAAGAUUGUAUCCCCCAUAUAAAUAACAUUCUAUUGGUAGCAAGAAUUGUAUAUAAUAAUUUAAAUUGAAAGAUUCUAAGUUUUGAAUCCAGUGUCGUUUUGCGUAUCAGUUCAUAAACACUAUGCCAUGGGAUCGGUACGUCAAAAAUCUCUUCCCAACUAUUUUGCAAUCUAUAUGGGACGGCUGUCAAUCCUUUGUACUGUGUAGUACUGUGUUAGCCAAAGUUAGCUAGCUAGCUAACAGCAAACAAGGUUAGUAAGCUAACUGGAUGGUAAUGCCCACAAUAAUAAAGUCACUUUUGCAGGCAGAUCGUGUGCACUAUGCAUAAAACGGUAUUCAAUAUGGUUUGCAGUGAGGGACUUCAGAUGUGCCAAACUUAGGAGGGGCUAGAAAAACAAGUAUUCAGUCAAUGCAAGCUAGGUGUCUGUUCUGAAAGUGUUAGCUACAGACAUCUAGGGUUGUUAAGUGUCCACUCCUAUUAAAUACAUUGCAGCUAGUUGUGAGACUUACCAAAUGAUGCUGCCAAUGCCCAUAGUAACAUCCUGCACUGCUGCAAGCUGUUCCGCUAACGUCACUAGCUAGCUAGCAACAUUUUCAUAAAUGAUAGUUGAGCUUGCUGUGGUUUUUGACUAUCUGGAUAGCUAGCCCACCUUUUUUUGUCAAUUUAUUGUUCAUGCCAUGUUACCUGGCUAGUAGCCCAGUUGGUAGAGCAUGGCGCUUGCAACGCCAGGGUUGUGGGUUCGAUUCCCACGGGGGUCAGUAUGAAAAAUGUAUGCACUAACUGUAAGUCGCUCUGGAUAAGAGCGUCUGCUAAAUGACUAAAAUGUAAAUGUUGUCUCGAACAGGAUAGCCUUCUAAAAAGGCACUUCUUUAUUGUCAAAAUGAAAACAUUCUCAAUGAGGCUACUUACAUGCAUUGUAAUCUGGGCUGCCUGUCAGACGAACCAUUCAAGUGAUGUCAUUGAUGACACGUUAUCAAGAUGGUGGCACACAUUUACAUUUUAGUCAUUUAGCAGACGCUCUUAUCCAAAGCGACUUACAGUUAGUGAGUGCAUACAUUUUUCAUACUGACCCCCGUGGGAAUCGAACCCACAACCCUGGCGUUGCAAACGCCAUGCUCUACCAACUGAGCUACAUCCCUGCCGGCCAUUUCCUCCCCUCCCCUACCCUGGACGAUGCUGGGCCAAUUGUGCGCCGCCCCAUGGGUCUCCCGGGUCACGGCCGGCUACGACAGACCCUGGAUUCGAACCAGGAUCUCUAGUGGCACAGCUAGCACUGCGAUGCAGUGCCUUAGACCACUGCGCCACUCGGGAGACACACAGUAGUCAGAUGAGGCUACUUUUUUUUUUUUUACAUAAAUAUGAGUUUUCAGCUGUUUUAAGGGUAGGAACAUGCUUCUUUAUCACAUUUGGUUAUCAAAAUCACCUUAACUUCAGUUAAUCUUUAAACGGCACCGACCGCCACUAGUACACACAGUCAUGCUUGCAAAACGGCAUACAUUCAAAUGAAGUGAGUUAACAACUAAAGUGUGUUUGAUUAUUCCCAUUCUGAUCUAUUUAUGUAUGUUGAGUGACAGCUCAACUUCUUCUCUCCUCCAGGUUAAGGUUCAAAGUGGUCAUUGGGAUCCUCUCAGGAAUCACCACAGUACUGGCCUUCAUCAAACCUGCCAUCAACGCCAUCUCUCUAAUGAGCCUGGGCAUCCCCUGCACCGCCUUGCUCAUAACCGAGAUCAAGAGGUCAGAGCAAAUGCAGCAUUGUCACUUCAUUUGAUUUUAAGUCAGAAAUUAGGCAGUGGGCUGGUUAAAAAAAUGAAUAGCUGGCCAUAGUUUGAAUGAGCCUGCAAUCAACAUUUCAAUUAUAAACGCUCUGUAAAUGUAUGUGUGUUGUCUGUAGGUGUGAAAACCUGCGUGUGUUUAAGCUGGGUCUGCUCACUGGGAUGUGGUGGACACUGGCACUGCUCUGCUGGAUCAGUGACAGGAUCUUCUGUGAUAUGUGGUCCUCUGUCAACUUCCCCUAUUUGCACUGUGUAUGGUAAGUCCAAUUCUAGUACUAUUACAUGGAAAGUGUCAUGCCAGGGGUCUUAAAAAUUUUUGGCCUGCCACAUGAUUUAAUCCGCCCCCACUUGUGUGAUUAACCCCUGAUUAACCCCUCUCUAUUUCCGUAGGCACAUACUCAUCUGCUUGGCUUCCUACCUUGGGUGCGUGUGCUUCGCCUACUUCGACGCAGCCUCCGAGGCCCCAGAGCAGGGCCCCGUGGUCAUGUUCUGGCCCAGUGAAAAGUGGGCCUUCAUUGGGGUGCCCUACGUCACUCUUCUGUGUGUCCAGAAGAAGCAUUCUGUCAAAGUGACAUAACCAGUGCAAGUCUCACCGAUGAACCAGCGUACUUAGAAUUACUGUCAUCUUUACAAAAACAAGAUCUGCAAAACUCAUAGGGUUGUGGUAAGCUUUUCCUGCCACAUUUCUUUAAAAUAAGCUUGCUAAGAAUGUUGAUAAUGGGAUCUUUAGAGAGACCCCUUUUUCUCUUUUGAACAGUGUUCAAUGAUAGGAAUGUCUUGGGAUCAAGUGUCCCGAUCAUUUCCUGGCUAUAUAAAACUCAAUGAUAAUCUAGAGGGAAGACCUACAUAGAUAAGGGUAACCUUACCCUAAUAGUUGCAGUCUCUCACUCGCUCCUUAUCCAGUAUUAUCACAUAAGUCAGCUAGCAUUAGUAUCAGUGCUGCUAGCUCCUGAUGAUCCAUUUUCGCAAUUCACUCUCGACUCCCCAUGCACACCAAAGUUUGUCAAAAAAUGAAGAAAGGAUUGCAUUGACCCCUAUUGAAUUAAUUUUUCAAUGUCUCUGAAGUCAGACUUUUCUAGUUUUAUCCAUUACAUUGUUAUACUCACUCAUUUGACUUAUACACUGAGUGUACAAAACAU